AUUAGCACUUUUAUCGAUUUUAAUUUAAGGUAGCCAAACUGCCCCACAUUGCCUUAUACGUUACUUUGUUCUAACUAUGUAUUCAAUCAUUAUUUUGUUUUCAGCAUGUGUUCUACGAUGUCCCGACUUAUACGUAUAUGUGAUUCCCAAAGAAGGAAAUCGUUUGUUAAAUGUUGCCCCACUGUUGCAAAUGUUUUAGAAAAAGGUCGUACACAUUUUGAAAAAGAACUCACAAGCAUCGUUUUGGAAGCAGAUGGAUCCAUGAUCGUGGAAGAUGAAGUGCUGGAUUUGUAGUCAUCAGAGGGAUUGAGUUUCAUGUUGCUGGGAAAUUCCGAGGAAUGGAGCGAGAAAAACACGACGACGAGCGUUGACGAGAAUAAGAAACAUGACAUUCAGCAAACUCAGACUUUCCAAGAGCCGUCCCGUUCAUCGAGUGUUAUGGAUUCUACGUUAUCCUCGAUAGCCUCAAUAGAACUAGCGGAAUGUGACGCUGUGUUUGGCAAUGUAUCAAAUGUGUCUACACUGGAAGAUCCAUUGGCUCUACCGAAUUUGUCAUGUGGUGACAAACGGAAACUGGCCGAUUCUGUUGAAGAAACUUCGAACAAACGUACUAAGGACAUAUCCACGGAAACAUUGGUUACAUGUAAUGUCUCUGAAAUUGAGGAAGAUAAGUCAUCGUUGCAAGAAAUGGAAACAGAUUCGCAGGAGAAAGAGAUAUCAUCUAAAACCGUUGAUCAAAAUCGCGUUCCGAGAAUACAACAAUCGAUUAAACACGACCUUUCCGCGCCGCUGAAAUUGGCUAACUUUCAAAUCAAUUGGAAAAUCCUACCAAGCGAUGUAAUGCACCAACUUCAAGGCCAUGAACCAAGUGCUGGAUAUCGUGGCAUAUCCGAAACCAACUAUAAUCGCCUGGUCGAUCAUGUAACUGCACAACUCCGAACAAUUACCACGAAGAUUCCGUUCAGCAUCUUCAAGAAACACGCACUAAAGAUAACGACGGAAUAUUCAGUUCUUCGAGAUUACAAUGACGAUGGAGACGUAAUCGGUGAUGGAUCCAACAGUUUGGCUGACAAACUAAGAAAUCACAAUUCCUAUUUAAAUAGAACCCGCAGGACCGAAAAACAAACUACUCAUAAUAAGGGUUGUUCCAACCGUCAAUGUAAAGCAGGGAUAAGAGAGGAAUACUACAAAUCUGGAAAAACAUAUUGUAGUAAGGAACACUUGAUGCUAUUAUCUCGGAAUAAUCCCGAAUCUAUGCAGUUGAAUGACGAGGUGCUUACUAGUACUGAAGCCUUCAUUCGAUAUAAAAUUGACAGCUCGAUGACAAUCGAAAAGUUGUGUCAAGAAAUACCUAUGAUUCGGCGGAAUGAGCUAUUGAAUUACCAUUUUUUCAAAGGUACAGGGGUUGAUGCAGAAACCUUCACCACCAACUUCGCAAAGAAAAGGACAAAAUUAAUAAAAGUUGCCAAAGUGUACAAAAAAUCUCUAAAUAUUACGUCCAGUGCGAGUGAUUUAGAGAUUCUUGAAGGAGUGGCCAAACUUUUACACGAAGACUUUUCAUGUCUCAUACACGAGCUGGAGAACACCGAUGAAAAUUUGCAUCUCGAUGAUGUUUUCCCUUCAAUUAUUAUCAGAAAUGACCAGUUUUUCAUUUAUGCCGACCACGAGCUGGUGACUACUGGCGUCAACACCAUCAUCCGAGCAGUUCAACAACUAUUGGUUGUGUACUUUGUGUAUUUUUUUAAAUACCCAAAGCAAAUUUCUAAAACCUUGGAAUUUCUUCAAAUGUACCUUUUGAAAAUUUAUCCGGAGCAUGGUACGCGAUCCAUGGCUACUAUUGUUGGUGGGCAACAACGUAUGGUUGCUUCUUUAAUAUCCAAAAUUACAAAAUUGGAGUGGAAAAACCAAUUGGUCGAAAAUGAACGAUAAACACGUCUGAGCUAGCCUCAAGUCCGAUCCAACGAAAGGAAUUCUGAUAUCCUAUCAAUCUAUAAAGCUGAGAAAUUUAAUAAAAUGAUACAAACACGUUUCUGCACGGAUAAUCGAUGAGAGAAUAAAGUAUUGCUCCUAAUGGACACGAUAGAAUGUUUUUUUCUUUUAUGAUUUAGCAAUAGAAAUGGUUAUUUAUCCGAAACAAACAAAAUUUAUCCGAAACAAACAAAAUUUGUGUUGCAUGUCUAAUAACGUUUAGAAAAAUAUGGUUGUUUGAAUUGCUUUUUAUUCUUUUUUGUGCUAAAUGAAUCUAAGUGUAUCUUUAUGUGAGUACACGCUUAUACAAUAUUGGACAGUACAUUU